CAGUGGUGGAGAAGAACGUGUACGUCAUUUUCACAAUGGCGGAGGCUGGGUGAGGAGGAGAGAGUGCGUGUGUGUGAGUGUGAAGCGGCACUGUGUUCGUUAGUGCUACAUCGCCCGUGAGACGUGCAAGGUGCCCGAAAAUGGCCCUGAACCCCAGCGCGGCGGGGAGAAAGGAUCCAAAGGGUACCGAGACGGCCCAACUCCACCCCGGCGGUGUUGAGCCCCAGAAGAAUUCAGCCGCCACCUCGGCCCUAGCCAACCAAAAUGGCGAUCAGGCUGGAUGUGGAGACGGUGUAAAGCCCGAACAUGAAGCCCCUGAGCGGCGAAGGAGCGCGCAGACGGACGCCCGGAGCUUCAGCAGUUCUCCCUUACCGGGCCAGAAACCGAGCGAGGAGCUGCCACGGAGAAAUUUUCAAAUCCCGAGGAAGACGAGAGAACGGAAAGGCUUGUACCAGUUUCUGCCUCCUGACAGCCGGGAGUUUGAGGACCUUGUGAAGAUUUUAUCCUCGUUUUACCUGGACAUGCCGUCGCGAGGGUCCUUCUCUUACAGCAAAGCCAGGCUCAUUCACAAUGAACUGCUGGAGAAGGAGUUCAUCGAGAAGCGGAGAGAGAUGAAGCAGGAGGGGCGGACCGAACAAGAACUGGCCGAGUCCUACUGCUUCCUUUAUCCAGACAAAUCCAAGCUCCAGUGGAUCUGCGAGAAGGGUCUGUCUGUUGGACACUCCAAGAUUACUACACUAGGAAAUCCAUCAGUGGGUGUCUACCUUUCCAAAUACGCAGAUUUGUUACAAAUCAAUCCUUUUGAAGUGGGCUCGUCCGGAGACAUGAUCAUUUUUAAAGUUAUGAGGGGUAGAAUAAAGCACAUUUUUGAGAACAUGCCGAAGAAUGCGAUGGAGCCUACGCCCAAGUUUGACUGUCACUUGUCCAAAAGUGCCAAUAGAGUCACGUCGUUGCUGUCCUACAGGGCUUUUGAGCUCACACAGCAAUAUUUUUAUGAGUUUGCAUUUGACGAGAUCAAGGCACGGCCCCGGCACGUGUGUCCCUACGCUGUGGUUUCCUUUAAAUAUAAAGGCAAAGAAGCUGCUGCUGCUCCCUUGACUGCUCACAGGUUUAGCACAAUUUCCUCUGAUGGAAGAGGGAAGAACUACACUGUGUGGACUGGUCCACUCAUAAACAAGGGUCAGGAGUUAUUUCCAAUCUGUCUACGAUCUUCUUCACGACCCUACCUUCCUUUCAAACUGCCCGACAAGCUGGAGGUGAAUCGUGGCAUGCAGCUAGACCAGGUGAAGCGAAAGAUUCCCUCUGUUCUCUUUUCUUGGGACACCUACAGAGCAUCGCGGGAAGUGAUGAAAUGUGGCAUGUCCUGCAGUCUGUUUGAGGUGGUGGAUGGAAAAGGCAAACCGACCAGCGGCACCUUGGCAGCGCUGGUCAACAAGCUGGAGAGAGACAGGAUGGUGCUGGUGAAGUCUCUGUUUGACAGGGGCUUUCUCUUCCUGCUCUCCUCAGCUCAGAUGGUGGAAUCGAAAGAGCGUCGGGGGCGGACUGAGAAGAACCUGCAAGCAUUAUUCAUCUUUCAGGAGUCAAGGAUGGUUGUUAAGUAUUCAUCCAGACUGUUUGAGCCUGAUUCGCUGACAGUGGAGCCCCAGCCCGCUGUCCUGUCCUCUACGGAGCCCUUCAUCCCUGCCCUGCACUACGCUCUGUUCAAGCUGCGACCCAACCCAGGCAAGGACGUGAGCUCCAGCGUGGAGCGACAGGCCACCGAUUACCUGACGCGCAUGGAUUCAGGCACGGUGCGACCAUUCAUCUUGCCUGAAUACAAAUACAACGUGGAUGAUAGAACCAACCCGCUCCAAGUGCCCAGACCCAAAUUCAACAUGGAAGCUGUGCUCCGCUCUUACGUUCACAACCCUGCCAACUAUAUGUUACCUCUGAACAAGGCAAAGGAUAUCAUGGAGAGAAUACGAAACCCUGUACCCAUACCUGUACCCGCACCCACACCCACACCCACACCAGGCCCAGCCCCAGCCCCAGCUCCAGCUCUAGCCUCAGCUCUAGCCCCAGCUCUAGCCCCAGCACUAGUGCCAGCUCUAGCUCCAGCCCCAGCCCCAGUGGAAUACAGUCCCGUUUCUGACUGGGGCGGCUCAGACAGGGGCUCGGACAGGGCUGAGAGGCCGGCCCAGGAAAAACCGCCACCACCAGACAAUAGCAGCAGUAGCAGCAGCAGACGGAGGCCGGGGCUGGGCCAUUCAAAUGGAGCACAGUUGCAGCACAAGCCCCACAUUGACUCGCCAUCUCACGCAGAGAAAUUACGGUUAACGAAAAAUGAGUAUGAUAAAAACAAAAUGAAACAGCUGCUAAAGCUUAUUCAGCUCCACAAGAAGGCACUAAUAAAGGAUCCUGGGAAGGAGAGGGGAGAGGACGGAGCCUGGGACGCCAACAGUCUGAAAAGGAAGUUUGAAGGUGAUGAGAGUGGAGGCCUUAACAAACAUCAACGCACUGAUGCGCUGAGCAACGGGGAACCCAGUCAAGGCACUUUAGCAGCUGAGAUGAGUGAAGAAGGAGGACAGGGUGACAAUCUGACGGCAGUAAUGGAAAGCAUGGGCAUCUAUGACACCGAUCUGAGGGCUCACGGCAACAGCAACGCCACAGCGGCAAGCGAGACCCAGCGGCUCCUCAAGAUCCUCCUGACCACUCUCAACAAAGCCAUGGCUGGCUCAGUGUCUGUGCAAUCGAAUCACGGCGGCGAACCGUCGACGGGUUCAGGCAGCGGCGAGCCCUCGUUCCCCAACCCGGAUAUUAGGAAACAACUCGAUCCAGUAUCACAGACCAACUACACAGAGGAGGACAUGGAUUGCAGCCCUGGCAGUCCAUUCAGUCCAGGCUCCCCUCCAGAGCAAGCCCACACCUCAGAUAACUCAACCUGGGUUAUCCCCGCAAAUGAAGACAAAGUGCAAGCGUUUCCUGAGCCGAAGCCCGAGCCCGAGCCUGAGCCUGAGGCUGUGCGAGUGGCAGACAGUCAUCCAGAGCCCAAGACGUCGCCCGCGGUGGAAGCAAAAAAGGUGUCACCGCCGACAACAUUACCAGUAGCGGAGGAAGUUCUCUCCAGGCCUUCCAUCAGCCUGGACACCAUCCUCAACCAAGAAAUCCACAGCCUCUCUUCUGACAUUAAAAACAUCAUGCAGACUCAUCACAUCAGUUAUACCUCGCAGCUCCCACCACGGUUACCUCCACGCCACUGCUGGCUGCCCAACAGCUGCUUCUCAGACUUUGUUGUACCCUAUGUCUCCCCUGUCCCCACCCAGGGACAUGUCAAAGCACUGUGUGAGAUGAUGGACAAGUUAAUCCCAAGUCCACCUGCUCCCUCGAAGGUCACUUCUCCACCUCCCCCCGUGACGACGUCUAACCUUACACCACCACCACCCUCCAAACCUAAAGCAGAGCCCUCUGUGUCGAGGAGCUCCUCACAGAGUGAUAAAACGGGCUCCGUCAAAGAGACUGCAACCAUAAAGGUUAAAACCGAACCUGCAACCGUAAAGGUUAAGACAGAACCUGCAACCGUAAAGGUUAAGACAGAACCUGCAUCCAUAAAGGUUAAGACAGAACCUGCAUUCACAGAGGUAGCGGGAGACGUCUAUUCUCCCUCUCAAGUCACACCAGAGUCCCCAGACCCUACUGCUUCCGGCAGUGGGUCUGGCUUGUUGGCUGGCAACCUCAUUGGUCAGCUUAAGCCCGAGGUUUUCACCAGUCUGGUGGAAAUCUUCAAGGACGUCACAAAGAACACAGUGAAAUUCUACAUCUACUCCGGUGACGAGGGGGAGGAGAGCACUGUCUGCAAGGAGAUAAAGGGGUACUUGAAAAGUCUUGGCAACAGCGAGUGCAGCCCACAGACGUUUCUGGAAAACAGCGGCAGUUUAGACAAGCUCCUCAUCAUCAUUCAGAACGAGGACAUUGCCGCACAUGUGCACAAGAUCCCGGCUCUGAUGUCUUUAAAGAAGUUACCUUCAGUGAGCUUUGCAGGCGUGGACACCCUGGAUGAUGUCAAGAAUCACACUUACAAUGAGCUCUUUGUGUCUGGUGGCUUCAUGGUGUCUGAUGAGUUUGUACUGAACCCGGAACUCAUCACACAGGAACAGUUGCAGGGGCUGCUGAAGUUCUUGGAAGAUCAGAGCACCCCUGAACACCCCUGGCAGUGGAAGGUGCACUGCAAGUCCCAGAAGAAGCUCAAGGAGCUGGGGAGGUUAAACACCAAUGCCAUGGGGCUGCUGAACCUCCUGACAGCCUAUCAGAAGAAACACCUUGUGGAGUUCCUCCCUUAUCACGAAUGUGAUACGCAGUCACGCCAGGCUCCAGACCUCGAUUGCCUCAUUAAACUCCAAGCUCAGCAUACGCAGCAACGGCACCUUAUCUUCCUCACAGAGAGGCCAUUUGAGAUGUUUCUGCAUUUCUCCAGAAAUGGAAUAGUGAUAGCAAGCAUUGAUGAUGUUAUGAACAGUUUCCACAGUCUGAUUGGCUCCAUUAAUCAGAACGAGCUUCCAACGCCACCCUCUACUGUAGUGAAUGAUGAGUGUGUGGAGGAGGAGGACAUGUCAUUAGACUCGGAUGAUGGCGAGCCACCCACUAUAGCAGACUGCGCAGAGCAGAACCAGGAAGCCAAGAAAGAGAAUCCUCCGCAGCCGCCGCAUUUGGACGAGUUUCGUCCCCCACUCCCAGAGCAGCAGGUCACACCUGAGAGAACGCCAUCGUUGUCCGAUUACAGCGCUCUCAAAACGGCCAUCUCCCAGUUCAAAGCCUCCAACCAGAUAGGCAUCUGCUCGGCAGACCUUGGCAGCUUGUCACCGGGAGGUUUCCCAGUGAAUCCCCACCAGAGCUUCCUGUGUCCCUCAGCCCCGUGGUCCUCCUACACCGGCUCGUCAAGCUAUGCGGCUUCCCCCGCCUACCCAGCCUCACCCUGCAGCAGCACCCAGGAGCAGGAUUACCGGGCACCUGCAGCCCCCGCCACAGUCCCCACCGCUCCUGUCAUGGCCACAGCAGGACCUCUUGCUAACCUGGCUUCUCUACCCAUGGAGGUCAAACCUCCCCCUCCCCCUCACCUCAUGAUGCUGGGUCACACAUACGGCUCGGACACUGGCGGGACCAGAGUCACCGGGAACUCUCCGCUCAGUGAAACAACUCUGACUGGUUAUAUGGCUGGCAUUCCUAAAAAUGCCAGUGGUACUCCAGCACACCAUGAUAGGACAUUUAGUGGACCAGGGGAGGGUUUGUGGGGCACUGCAGGGACCAGCACAGGACAGACUAGCAGUGUCACACAAGGACUAUUAGACCCAAGUGGGCUCCCCAAGACACUGGAAGCCCUAGGAGGCUGCACUCCUGGCAGUCACGGGAGCAGGACUCAGGUGAAUUGCACUGACAGCCUUGGCUCAUCUGUUGGCAUUCCCACAGUGGCCACAAGGGGGGGCUCUAUAGUCAGACCUAAGCUGCCUUCACAUCCAAUGACUGGUGUGGGAUAUGGUGGUAUAGGCAGCAUCCCAGGACAGAUGGACCACGGGCCAAUGCAGGGUGCAAUGGGUCCUGGUUCUUUAGGGAACUAUCGAGGGAGAGGAAUCCCACCAGGAUUUUGGACACGACCAGGACGAGGACAUGAUCGGGGGGGUGGGGUUGGAGGUGGACCCUGCUCUUGGGGUUACCCAGUAGGAAGGGGUGGGCCACAGAAUUACUACUCAGACUUCACAUACUCUCACAAUUACGCCCCUGAAUAGACAAUCAACCUGAUGAGAGUGGUAACACAAACACCAUACUCCAGAGACUAUUAGAACUGGCUGAAUGUAUAUAUUACCUUGUCAUAAACACAUUUGAUUUAAGUCAGUACAUAAGGAUGAUGGUUUUCUACAUUAAUAAAAAUUGAUACAGGCAGUGCCGAGUGUCCCACUGUCAUGCAAAAACUGUAUGUAUGCUCUUUCAUGUGAGCUAUUUCAAACCCUGUUCAAACCACUAUAUUUAUAUUUGCCAACAAAUGGUAAUGGCCUUCCAGCCUCUUGGAAUUUAACAUGUUAUUUCUGUUUGUUCAGGCUUUUUGAAGCGGUUUGUGAACAAGGGGAAAGGCUGAUAUUUUUUUAAGGAAAAAAACUAUAGUGAAUUAAAUUUCACUUUUGCUGUUGGUUUUCUUUUUUUAUUUGACAUAUUUGGUUGUCCAAAAUUCUAUUAAAAUAAACCAUUUCCAAAUCUUGUUUGUGUGACAGGUUUGAUGACGGUGUCAAGCAAACCAUUAAAAUUGUAAACCACG